AUGAACGGCCCCCCUGGGAUCGCAGCAUUGAACUCGUCUGGACUAAGUAUAUUUCCUGUCAUGAAAGGGAAAGCCGGGCGACUGAUGGAGGCCUUUGUGGAGAACCUGGCGCGCUUGAGGCAGAGUUCGGUCACAGUCGGCCCCGGCUCACCUUCAUUCGACGUGCGGAAUGAUAAGCGACCAGGAGAUGGACCUCUGUCCCCAAAUCGCAACAGCCAGUUUGGGCCUCAUUCACGUAAAGCCGCUUCGACAAAUGGCCCCUAUUUCCGGCUCCCAGACACCGCCCGGUUCAAAGUAAUGAAGUACCUUCUGGCUGGCAAUGAGCCCCACGACAAACCCAUCCGCAUGAACCAUCCAGUGUUCUUGUGGGAGGUGUGGCCGGUUAGCAGACCCCAUCAACCGGGUGUGGGAUCGACGGGCUACUUCGACAGCCUUCAAAGCGUCCUAUCUUCCGUCGACAACUACACCUCGGUGUGUUCCGCCAUGAGAGCUGAUGUCUUGGCUACCCUCUUCCUCACCCGCCGCUUCCACGUUGUUUACUCGCCCCACGUGCGCAAGGAGACGCAACUAGCGGCGACGCACUACAUGGACCGGUACGGACCGCUCAUGGCUUCCAUCACGCUCGAGGUGGACUUUACGAAGCUAGCAGGUGGCUGGCGACCGGAGGCAGUGUACUUCGAUGCUCUUCGGGGGCUGAAAGGCGUCAAAACGUUGAUUGAGGAUUUCGUACAACGCCAACUCACCCGACGCAACACCAGCAUCCAGGACCUGCGCGUGCUAGUCCGGCGAUACCACGGCUUUCGGCCAACCGCCUCCGCCCCGUCUCCGGAUCCGCCGAAACCCGACCAAAACGAUAGCCAGCACCAUCACCCAACGGGCACACCCUCACCUCCCCCUACUCUAUCCCCCAUCUCCACCAACCAAUCCCCACCACAACCACGCCCCUCACCACCACCAUCAACGCCACCAACACCACCAACCCCAACUCCCAAACCCACCCCCUACACCGACCCCGCCCACAUCGCCCACACCCUCUCCCCGCUCAAAUCCCUCGGCCCCCUCGUGUCAACCCUUCACCCUGACCGGCGUCCCCCACGCCUUUGCCACCGAGCUCCUUUCCGCCUUGUCAGGCCGGCCGGCGCCUGUAUCGGCGACAACCGGCGUCAGCUCAACUAG